AUGCCGGACAACGAGUUGAUGGUCGCAGAGGGGGGUCGACUCAACAUGACGGUGCUGAAGCUACGGCCUUGCAACGACCAGUGGACAUCGAUGUCGGACGCCGUGGCUGAGUUCGCCGAAGCGGCGGAGCACGACGACCGCAGAAAGUACGGAGGGGGCGCGCCGGAGCAGCCUGAAAUACAGAGGCUCAGCCCAGACGGCUACUGGACUCGAUGGCGAUGCAUCAUCGUCAUCAUACGCUGUGCGGUUCGCCAGUCAAUUAACAAACUCUGA